UCGCUUUCCCACAGUCCUUUGCGAACGUGACGCCAUCGCACGUCAACUCUCCAGUUCCCCACCAUCAUCGUUGUACAGUUCAGAGGAAGAAAGGGGGAGACUGGGCAGAAAGCAAGAACGCUUUCACACAAAUAUGAGCGGCAGCGGGCGGCCCAGGACCAGCUCAUUCGCCGAGCCUCCCGGAGCUCCCGGAGCCGCUGCAGCCGGUGUCGGAUCGGCAGUAGCUGGCGGAAGCUCGUCAGGAAAGUCGGGGGCUUCGCAAACCAGCGGAGGUGGCUCGACAAGCUUUGGUAACCUCAAACUACCCCGUGACACUGGCAAAUUGACCACCGUAGUGGCCACGCCGGGCCAAGGCCCCGACCGCCCGCAGGAAGUGUCCUACACGGACAUCAAGGUCAUAGGAAAUGGCUCCUUCGGCGUAGUCUACCAGGCCCGCCUCAUCGACAGCCAGGAAAUGGUGGCCAUCAAGAAAGUGCUCCAAGAUAAACGCUUUAAGAAUAGAGAGCUGCAAAUUAUGCGCAAGUUGGACCACUGCAACAUUGUGCGGCUACGUUACUUCUUCUACUCCAGCGGUGAAAAGAAAGAUGAAGUCUACCUGAAUCUGGUGCUGGACUUUGUCCCCGAGACGGUGUACAGGGUGGCUCGGCACUUCAAUAAGGCCAAGACCACCAUCCCCAUCAUUUAUGUUAAGGUGUAUAUGUACCAGCUGUUCCGGAGCCUGGCUUAUAUCCAUUCCCAGGGCGUGUGUCAUCGAGACAUCAAGCCCCAAAACCUCUUGGUGGACCCGGAGACGGCCAUCCUUAAGCUGUGUGACUUUGGCAGCGCCAAGCAGUUGGUCCGAGGCGAGCCCAACGUGUCGUAUAUCUGCUCGCGCUACUACCGCGCUCCGGAGCUCAUCUUCGGCGCCACAGACUACACGUCCAACAUUGACAUCUGGUCGGCCGGCUGCGUGCUGGCCGAGCUGCUGCUGGGCCAGCCCAUCUUCCCGGGGGACAGUGGCGUGGACCAGCUCGUAGAGAUCAUCAAGGUUCUUGGAACUCCGACGAGGGAGCAGAUCCGAGAGAUGAACCCCAACUACACGGAGUUUAAAUUCCCGCAGAUUAAAGCUCACCCAUGGACAAAGGUGUUUAAGCCCCGCACACCGCCGGAGGCCAUUGCCCUGUGCUCGCGACUGCUGGAAUACACACCGGUCACCCGCCUGUCUCCGCUGGAGGCCUGCGCGCACGCUUUUUUUGAUGAGCUGCGUCAGCCCAACACCCGCUUGCCCAGCGGGCGAGAGCUGCCCCUCCUCUUCAACUUCAGUCCCGUCGAGCUGGCCAUCCAGCCCCAGUUGAAUUCAUCACUCAUUCCUCCUCAUGCUCGUACACAGACGACGCCUGCCUCGCAUGAUGGCAGUGCGUCAGACAGUCCUUCCCAGCUUGUGCCUGGCUCCAUCAACAACAGUACCUAAACAGCCAACACCACCCUGCCAUAGUUUUUUUCUUUUUCUUUUCCUCUUCCCAUUCUCCUCUUCUUCCUCUCAACACUUAAAAAGACUAUACAGCACACAGUCUCUCACACACGCAUGCACACACGUACACACACGCACGCACACACACAUACGUCAUGCAUUGCUGUUUCCUCCCCCUGAUAGGCUUCAUCUAUAUAUAAGCUGACUUUAUAAGUCCAUGUUCUGUGGGAUGUUUGGGGUUGUACAAGCAUUGUCUGUGUUACGGACGUUUUACCCCCUCGUGUGUGUCCCCCCCCCCCCCCCCCCUCAUUUUUAUUUAGCUUGUUUUAUGUGGAGUGGCCAUUUGGCUUUUGGAGAAUGACAAUCACCCAAAAGAUACAAAACCUUCUCUGCUCGUUCGCUAAAACAAACAAGUCAAUUGGGUUCUUUGAAGCAGUCAAACAUUUUGCUUGCUGAUAGCACCAUUUUUAGAUGAAGUGAUUUUAAAAAACAUUUUAUGACAAAGGAAGCACACUGCAGCAGCCUUUCUUUUCCCCACUUUACCGUGACCUAUUAUCUUUAAAUGUGGGCGUUGAGGGCCACUGUAUGAAUAGUAGAAGCUCACAUAUUGAGCAUGUAAGCUGGAAUGUGUUUCAGCAGGCUAAAAAAAUGGGUCCAACCUCCUCAUCAUCAUUUUGACCGAAGGCUACAGUACUUCCUCCAGAGUGACUUCCUGUUUCGGACCUUGAAUUUUGAGCCUCUUCCCUCCUGGUUGUCCUUGCUCCUCCACAACACAGCUAAUCUGUAAAUAUCAACUCUUAUUUUUAUUUUUUGUUAUUAUUCAAUUGUUGUUCUUGUAAUGUUUUUUUUCUCCAGUAGAUGGCGCGUCCAAGCGACCAGACUGUUUAUCCUCAGUCGCAGUCUGUAAAUACGGUAUUACCUUUUAUUUUUUAUUUUUUGGGGGGGAUCCCUGGUUCAGUAGGGAGCGAAAAAUGGAACAAAAAAGUCUCACAACUGAAUCUCUCUCCUUCCAUUUCUCCUGUCAUGACUUCUCCCCGCCCAUAGUUGUCUUAACUGUUUUAUUUAUUGUAUUGUGUGUUUGGUUUCUCUUUGUAUAUUGUUUUCAAAAUCGUUUAGUAGUGGGGCCGAAAACGUAGUCACAUCCAAGAUACUGUACCUUGACUCAGAUCGCCAGUCCUCUGGUGGAACGCUUGUUUCCAUUGAGCUUCAAUGUGAACAGAACGUUACAAGGGUGUGUGUGUGUGUGCACUUGUGUGUGUGUGUGCUUGUGUGUAUGCGUAUGUGUGUAUGUGCACACGUACACAUGUAGUAGGUGAAAACAGAGCCUUUCAUUGAGCGUCUCCUGUGUCCGACCGGCCGUCCACUGUUGUACGACAUGCUGUUUUAAUGUUACUUUUUAAAAUCCGUUUUAGCAGCCCCGACCCAUGGUCCGAUUACAGACCUUGGCAUUGGUGCAGAGAACAGUGAAAAACGGUUGGCUAGAGGGGAUGACCAAGGAGGGAUGGGGGGAGAGAGACAGUUUUUUUUGUUUGUUGCUAUAAAUAAUUCAACUCAUUAAUAAAGUGAUGAAACUGUU